AUGAAGAGGAUGAGCUAUAGCAGAAAUGUGGUCCAGAUAUAUUAUCCAUCCUUGACACUGAAAACCUAUCAGGUUGUUGAAUCUGUUUGGGGUGAGAAUAACAACUACAGCCAGAUUCUCCCAGUGAAUCCAACUCUUCUUCUGGUCAGAGUGUGGAUAAAUCAAAUUUUGACUUCACCGAGUGUCAAUUGCGCAGUCAUCUUCGAGGCCACAAUGAAGAGCCUUAUCUCUCUCUCAGGAUCUCUUUUCUACUCCAUGACCCCUCUCAUCUCCCUCUUCUCUCCCGGUUCGACACCCACAGCGACGAUCUGUGCCACCCAUCAGACUCACAGAGGGGGUGUGUGGUAUUGGUCGUUGGAAAGCUUCGGUUUUUAUGUGUUAACGACCGCAACGAAGCCAAUGACAGCCAGCGCCGGUGACGCCUGUCGGCAACUGCCAUGGCAACAGUUGGAAAUUCCAAAUCCAAGCCUUUCCAAUUUGAUGCAUCAUGGAAUUCCAAAUCACUACAAUUUAGUUUUGAUUACCGAAUGUUGA